AUGAACAGCAUUGGAUCGGACUCAAGCGCUUCAUCGUCGCAUCCAACAAUCACGACCAAUUCUGAAUGGGAACUUGCUCUUGAACAAUUAGAGAUUGAAAAGAAAAAAUUACAGAAUGAAAAGAAAAAAUUACAGAAUGAAAAGAAAAAAUUACAGAUUGAAAAGGAAAAAUUACAGAUGGAAAAGGAAAAAUUAGAAAUUAUGAGGACUAACGCAAAGAUUGAAAAGGAAAAGAUCGCAAGUAGAGAACGAAUAAAAAUGAAGGAGCUUGAAUUGAAAUACGGUCAAACUCCAAAAAGAAGAAGCAGUUCAAACGAUUCUGUUUCCAAUGCCCAGUACUUUCAAAAUAAGGUAAAGGAAAAUGCGAUCAAAGAUCAUUUAGAAGUUCCUUCUUGGCUACUAACUGAAAAUGAUAUUCCUUAUCAUAGAGUUUCAGAAUUUCAUAUCAGUACUGAGGCAGAUGUCCAAGAUUGUUUUAUUAGGGAAUUGAAGAAACACAUCGAUGCGUAUCAUGUAACGUAUUUGGAUACAAGAUACGUUUCUGUUGUGCAAGGACUCUCCCCCCAUCUCACUCUCAUCCCGAAACCAAUAACCAUUGCCAAAACACACUACUCGGGUGUUGCAUGCUUUGAGGGUCUAUCGUUUCUUGCUUCCGGUUUUAUUGAAUUCAUGAACCCAUCCAAUAGAUUUGGAAGCGAUGAACAAAAAGGCCAGCUUAUCGCACUUCUGAUGAAAACUCUCCAGAAUCACGUUUCCAAAACUGAGGUUGUCGGUUGCCUUUCCAACUUUCAUAAAAUCAUUUUUAUGAGAGCAAAAAGAGCACCCAAUCUUAAAACCAUCUAUUGUGAAAUCACCAAAGAGUUUGAGUUGUUCGGUGAAGAUACUACUUAUGAAGGGUGGAAGUAUUUGUUUAACAUGCUGAAAUAUAACUGUGACGAGGAAGUAACAAUGUCUCCUGCAAUUGAGCACACAUUCGAGUCAACACUUGGUAAAGGGGCUUCUUCAUAUGUGUUCGCUAUGAACAACAAGACUAUUGCUCUAAAACUGUUUGCACCAAAUGAAGAAACAAUGCACACCUUUAAAAACGAAACACAGACGUUGAACACGCUAAAAGGGAUUCCUGGACUUCCUGAAAUACUUGAUAUUGGUGAAAAUUAUUUCACCAUGAAAAUGUACUCUCCUCUUUCUUACGCACCCACCAGUCAAGAAAUGAUUCAACUCCUGCGUAUUCUUCAACAAGCUCAUGCGCGCAAAGUGUUUCACAGAGACGUUAGGCCUGAAAAUAUAUUAAGACACCACUGUUCAAACGAAAAUAAUAUGGUAUUAAUUGACUGGGGAUUUGCUUGUAACGAUGAUUCGUUGAUAGGGUUUGCUGGAACUGCUAACUUUUGUGCUUCAGAGUAUGGACGAAAAUUCUUGCAAUGCGAAAUGGAUGACUUUCCAUAUUUCGCCAGAUAUGACUGUGAAAGUUUGGUGAAAUGCUUUGCUUACAUGAAGGAUGAACAGUUAAAACAUAAUCUAUCAAAAUUGAGAUCCCUGCCAUUUCUAGAACGAGUGGAGCAAGCUUUGGAAAUUUGGACUGAGUAUGAAGAGAAAGACAAGGUGUUCAAAGAUGCAAUGCGUGGAAUGACUGUCGAUUGUUAUAAAGCUGUUGAAAACUAUAUUGACCGUCGUGUGAAGAGAGAGCUCAUGAAUUGUGAUUACGACUAA